AUUGGUGAAGAUGAUGAUGACAAGGAGUGUGGUUAUUGUGAUUGCAGAGGGAUGGAGGGACGAGGCGCGGAGACGAGGCGCCGCUCCCAGCUGCUGCUGCUGGCCGGCCGGGGCGGGCUGCGCGCCCAGAUCGGCGGGCUCCGGAAGCUGGCCCGCCGGCUGGAGCGGCUCGCCCGGCGCUCGCUGAUGGCCCAGCUGGCCGGGACGUCGCUGAGCGCGGCCGGGGCCUUGGCGGCCAUCGUGGGCCUGGGCCUGGGCCUGGGCCCCGCCACGCUGGGCGCCUCCCUCGUGGCCGCCGGACUGUGCGUGGCCACGGCCGGGGGCGCCGUCGCCGUGACCUCAGACUUCGCGCUGCUGCGGCGGCGCCGCCGGGCCCUGCGGCACGUGUGCGAGAUCGCCGCCCGCUGCCAGGACCAGCUGAGGGAGGUGCUGGGCGGACUGGUGGCCCUGGCCGGAGGGGACCCCGCUACGCGGCCGCCCGGACGGCUCGCCCUGGACCGCACCGUCUACGUGCUCGUCCUGCUCGGCUCCCAGGGCCCUCUGGUCCCCAGGCCCGCCAAGGGGGCCGCCAACAUCAGCCAGGCCGUGCUCCGGGCCAAGGUCCAGAAGAUGGCCGAUGCCCUCGAGGCCUGCGCCGGGGCCCUGGACGCCUUCAACCAGUACCUGGAGGACAGGACUCGCCACGGGAAGUGGCCCUUCACCCACCAAGACGGACCCACCCCACAGGAAUGGGAAGAACGCCAGGCACCCUGGUGUCUCCAUGGUGACGGCGAGUCACCAUGGUGACCCCCUGGCUGGGUACUGCCCGGGAGACUGCAUCCUACAGGCCACCAGAGGGUAGCGGGACCCACGUUACUCCCUAUUUAUAUGUGAUUCCUAUUUUUGUAUUGUCGUUGAGGUUAUCUUUUGGGAAAAAUCAGGGAAAUGUUUUUAAUAGGCACACAGGGAGGGGUUUGGGGGACGGACCCCCGAGAAAUAGCAAGCUUCACUCUUCCCGUUAGAUCUUUCGGGGGAGGAUGGCGCUUAGUAGUGACUCGCCCAAGCACUUAAUCCGAUGCUUGUGCGUUAUAAACUCUCGAUCGAUACGAUUGAUUGAUUGGGAAGUGGCUGUAGGAAGGCUGGAUUGAGUUGCUGGCGGGGGGUUGAGGGGUGUGGCAGAGGUUCCCCAUCCUAAACGGGAGGAUUCGUCCCGGAAUAGGUACUAGGAUCUGGGGGGGAUGCUGCAACCAAGCCCCUCGGUCACCAAAUAAAGCAUCUUCCAGCCGGAAGGCUCGACCCCAGGGAGGAGGGAGUCGGAGGAACCAAAGCCCGGGAAGCUCCUUACACCCUAAAACGUCUUUCAGGUACUCGGGACAACGGUUCAAACUCAAUCUGCAGGGAGAAUGGUGUCUCCAAACCGUAAGCUCGUUAAAUGAAUGAAUAAAUAAAUGAUGAUGGUAUUCGUUAAACAUUUA